CGCACCCCAAGCCAACCAAGUAUUCGCCACAAUCUUAUGAUGCUCCCUCAAUCCCUGCUUGUUAGUCUGUGGCUCGUAUCAGUUCCGUGUAGCGGAGCUGUCAAUCGAUUGGUUGAAGAGGAGCAAAGUGACCGCCCCCUCCGAGCACUCUCAUUCCCUCGAAUGACUAGGCCUCAGAAGAAAGUCUGGGAGCAUUCUGAAAGACGUACAUCUUCGUGCUCCAAUUUAGAGAUUGAUGGUACUCCUAUGGGUGAAAGAAGCUCGGAGGAAGUAUCCGCGCUCGAUCAAUUGGCUAAAGAUUUGCCCCCGGUGCUGGCUUUGUCUCCUUAUGAGCGCGUAAGGAUCAUGAAUAACUGGAGGAUGAAUCAAGGUACAUCUGGAUUUUGUGUGUCGUAUUGA